UCGGUGCUACAGCAGCCAUGAGCACGUCUGCGCAGCAGACUUCCCAAGCCAGUAGUUCAGGUACCGCCGGGUCCACGGUCGCGCAGACCGUGAGUCAGUCCACUGGCUUAAUGGCAAGCCAGCCCGCGAUGUUGACCCCAGAGGAUGUCGCCAUCCAGCAGGCAGCUCUGCAAGAGGCACAACUACAGCAGGCAUUAGGACAGAUAAAAAGAGAGAAGGAAAUGACGAUUAGAAGAAGAACCGGGAUGGAACGAAGAGGGGCAGACAUAGAGGAGUUAGAAGCGAUGGACCUGAUGAACAUGGAUGAUGACGUGAGGGUAGUUAGGAGGGCCCUGCUAGGGGGACCAGGACAAAGUCAGUGGGUUCCAAAGACGAUCAUCGCCGCUCCCAAACCCUUUACAGGGGACAAGAGAGGCGAAGACCUCGACACUUGGUUGAGGGCAGUGCCGGUCUAUGUCAGGUGUAAACUCAUCUUGCCACAUGAAGAAGUGCUUGUGGCUGAAUCCUACCUAGAGGGUAGUGCAGCAAGAUGGUUGAGUGGGUUAGUACAACUCCAGGGGCACGGUCAUGACUUCCGCUCUUGGGCAGCCUCUCAGAAAUUGGAGGACUUCCUGAAGAUGGUGGAAGAAAGAUGGCAUGAUCCUCAGGAGGCCCAAAAGGCCACUGAUGCGAUCCUGACACUGCACAUGAGGCAGUAUAAGUCAGUAAGGGAAGCCACAGAUGUUGUAGAGCGUCUGAUCUGUGUUCCAGGGGUGCACUAUGACCCCCAGGUCCUGUUGACUUCGUACUUGAGGUGCUUAUCCCAGCCUCUCAGGAACCAUUUGGCAAAAGAGGCCAACAUCAAUAUGCACAACUUUCCUUCGUUUAGCAAGGUAGCCCUAGACCUUGAAGCAAAAACAGGGCAUGGACAUAACUCAGUGACGGACGGGAAAAAGAAGACCCUGCCUCCUAACUGGAAAGCCAAGGGCCGCAUUAUGUUCGUCGACCACGAUGGAUCAACCAUUGAGUUGGACGACGACUCCCAGAUAGGAUUAGGUGCAGAGGCAGGUGGCGAUACUUCAGAGGGUGGAGUAGUCGCCGCCGUAACCCAACAAAAAGAAUGCCUGUUCCCGUUCGCGGGAGGGGAGUUGAGGCAUCGUGUCUCAUUCCUAGUGAGCAACGAUCUCCCUAUGGAUAUUUUGUUAGGUAUGUACUACCUCUCUGUGGCACAGCCUCAGUUUGACUGGGACCGAAAAGUGGUUAAGCACACUUUGCCAGGUGGAGGGACCGCCAGAUUACACAAGUUCAAAGCUAGUAGUCUGAUCGAUUCUCAUGGAUGCAUGUGUGCGGCCGCGUCUUAUAACUACUAUAAGCAACAUCAGGAGGAGGGUAUGUACUUAGUUUAUGUCUCUGCUGCAGGCGAUCUGGUGAAAAUGCUGCCGGAGAUAGAGGGAGUAGUUGCCAAGUACCCUGAUCUAUUUGAAGAGCCAACAGGGGUUGUUGAUAGGGAAGUCGUCCACGCGAUAGAGAUUAUCCCAGGGUCUAGUAUUCCGAGGGGUAGGAUCCAUCGGAUGUCUCCAGGCGAGCUUGAUGAGCUUCGCCGCCAACUCAAGGAACUCGUAGAGAAGGGUUGGAUCCGGCCGAGUGUCUCUCCUUCCGGAUCUCCAGUACUAUUCGUACCUCAGAAGAAGGAGGGCACUCUCAGGAUGUGCAUUGAUUAUAGGGGUCUCAAUGCCAUCACUGUAAAGAACAGAGAGCCCCUACCGCGCAUCGACGAUUUGUUAGAUAGAGUGCAAGGGUGUCGGAACUUCAGUAAGAUAGAUCUGAAGUCCGGGUACCAUCAGAUUGCAAUCCGGCCCGAGGAUCAACACAAAACCGCAUUUCAGACCAGGUACGACCUGUACGAGUUUGUGGUGAUGCCUUUUGGCCUGUGCAAUGCUCCGGGCACCUUUCAGCACGCUAUGAAUCGGAUAUUCCAUGACUACUUGGAUAAGUUUGUCAUAGCGUACCUCGAUGACAUACUUAUUUUUAGUAAGACUGUCGAAGAGCACGUUGCACACGUGGACAAAGUCCUUAGUCUCCUGCGACAGCACAAGUUCAAGAUCAAUGGUGAGAAGUGCGAGUUUGGGCGCACCCGUGUCUUGUACUUGGGUCAUGAGAUCUCCGCGGAAGGGUUGAAGCCCGAUGACGCGAAGGUGGCCAGCAUUCGCGAUUGGCCACGACCUCAGUCUGUGACUGAGAUGAGAUCUUUCUUAGGAAUGACAGGCUACUACCGGACUUUUGUAAAGAACUAUAGCGUAGUGGCCGCUCCUUUGACUGAUUUGACCCGCCUUGAUACCCCGUGGGAGUGGACAGAGGAGUGCAAGGCUGCUUUCAGACAUCUGAAGCAUGCACUAACGCAUUAUGAAGUCUUGAAACUUCCCGAUCCUGAUAAGCCGUUUAUAGUAACCACGGAUGCUAGCCAAUAUGGCAUUGGCGCCGUGCUUGCGCAGCAGGAGGGGCCAAAGUUAAGGCCUAUUGAGUACAUGUCCAAGAAAAUGCCGUCUCAGAAGUUUGCUAAGUCCACCUAUGAGAAAGAACUCUAUGCGGUGUUCAAGGCGCUGACCCAUUGGAGACACUAUCUCCUUGGGAGGUUCUUCAUCCUCAGGACUGAUCAUCAGACCUUGAGAUGGAUGAGAACCCAACCUGUACUCUCUGACGCAUUGAAGCGUUGGAUAGAAGUCAUUGAGCAGUAUGACUUCGACCCUCAGUACAUUAAGGGUGAGUACAACAAGGUUGUUGAUGCCUUGUCGCGUAGACCUGACUUCUCAGGUGUGCUGAUUACUGAGUACGAUCUUACGGAUAAUGUCACUCGAUCCUUGGUGGAAGCCUAUCGAGAGGACCAGUUUAUGGCUGAGAUCAUACGCAGACUCGAGGCGAAGGAUAAACAAACUUCAGCCAAGUUUGAGUUGGUCAAUGGCUUGCUGUUUCUCGAGAAGGAAGGGAAUAAAUGUUUGUGUGUCCCUAAUAAAGAGUCUUUGCGUAGUUUGUUUUUAGGCGAGUGUCAUGACUCCACCGGCCAUUUUGGGUACAAGAAGACCGCAGCCAAUUUGCUGCAAAGGUUCUGGUGGCCCACGAUGUUAAAAGAUGCUAAGCUGUACGUGGAAACUUGUCAAGUUUGCCAACGAGACAAGCCCCGUACUCAGGCUCCGCUUGGGCUACUCAAGCCCCUUCCGAUUCUGGAAAGGCCGGGUGAAAGCUUGUCCAUGGACUUCAUGGAUACACUGGUCACCAGCAAGAGUGGGAUGAGGCAGAUCUUCGUCAUCGUGGAUAGGUUUAGUAAGUAUGCUAGGUUAAUAGCCAUGCCGGAAACAGCGAAGACCGAGUAUGUAAUCAGGCUGAUCAAGGAGAACUGGGUGAGGGAUUCUGGAUUGCCUAAGUCUAUUGUAAGUGACAGGGAGUCUAUUGUAAGUGACAGGGAUGUCAGAUUUACAAGUGAGUUAUGGAAAGCCGCUGCAGCUGAACAGGGAACUCAACUGCAAAUGACUUCUAGAAACCAUCCAGAAGCAAACGACCAGGCUGAACAAAUGAACCGCGCUGUUCAACAGUUGUUGAGGCAUUACAUUAAGCCAAAUCAGGUGGACAGGGACGAGAAGCUUUCUCUUGUCGCCAGUCUGUACAAUAACGCUGUACACAGCUCUACUAACAGUCUACAUCUUACCUUUAGGCCUAGAUUGCCUUUAGACUUCCUACUUCCUGAUAACCAGCCAACUGUCACACCGGGCACUUUGGAGUUCGCUUAUCGUUACGAACAGAAAAUGCACAAGGCUGUAGAGCACAUGCAGAAGGCGCAGGGAGCAAUGAUAGAAUCUGAGAAUAAACACCGCCGCCCUUCUACAUUUCAGGUUGGGAACAGAGUCUGGGUCAAGUCUUCAGAACUGGGACAGGAGUUCGGGAUAUCCCGCAAACUCAUGCCUCAGUACUUUGGACCUUGGGAAAUUUUAAACGUAGUAGGGACAGAUCCUGAUGGUCCAUCUUAUGUCAUCCGUAUCCCUGGUCAUCUCAGAACUUACCCAGUCUUUCACGCCUCUAAGCUCGCUGCAUCCAAGGAAACUAAUCAGUUUCCCUCUCGUCGGUCAAUGUUGCCCCCAACCAUGGAUGGAGAAGUCAACAUCGAUGAUAUCGUCGACCACAGGGAGAUGCCCAUUCAGAAGCCUCCAGGAAGGGAAUGUCCUCCAAAGCCAAAGCUGCAGUUUCGUGUCCACUUCAGACAUCACACGGAUCCGAAGGAGGACCGCUGGUUUACUUGGGAGGAAUUGAUGCAAACCGCUCCUCAAAUCGUUGCCCGCUAUGAGAAGGAUGUAUUGAAAGGAAAGCGCCAGAUGGCUCAGGAUUGAUCUUCUUAGAGGACUAACGAAGAUAUGGAGGAGGGAAUGCGAGGCUACGCCCGCUCAGCCCUUUUUGG